AUGUCAUCUUGUCAUGUUACUGUCCCCUAUUCUACACUCUUUUCUCUCCUAUCCACUAUAGGCAAUCCUAGGAAGAAGAAGAACGCCAACGAGGGUACCAGCGAUGUCAUCAAGAAGCAGAAAGCGGCCUCUCGAAAAGUGACCACCACUAAGGUGACCACAAAGGCGACCGAUGCCAAAGCGACUGCAGCGGAGGACGGGAACGAUGACGACACCAUCGAGGUCGAGGAUGGGAAGAGGUCCAAGGGUGACAGCAUUCCGUGGGAGAAGAACCCAGCCUGGAUUGCCAAAGCUAUCGAGUUCCUCGUCGACAACCCUUCCUUCCGCCGGAAGCUCUACAGCGAUUCCACCAGCGAUGCAACCGCGCAGGGCCGUGUCAAGGUCCAGGGCAAGACGACAAAGCUUCAGAUGUACGAGAUGAUGAUGGACUAUGUUGCUGGCGUGAAAUCGGCGGAGGAGAUGAAAGAGGAUGCGGCCAAGGCAGCGAGUGGGAGCAAGGACUCGGACGGCCUGGUGGCUGAAGACAAGGAGACCGGUGGAGAGGAUACGGAUGAUGAGGCCAACAACACUGGAGUGCUGAGUCCCGAAAAUGUUGCCAUGUAUCUGGGGAAUCGUGAACGCUUUGCGAAGUCCCUACAGCAGCAGUUCUCUCGGAUGAAGAAGCAGUAUGGCACACACGUCAAGACGUUGUAUGACACUGGCGGCGGGGUCAAAUCAGAGGAGGAGCAGGCCAACUUGAUAGAGAAGAUCCGGGAGCAGUUCGUUCACUGGGAUGACCUGCAUGCGUUCUGGCGAGAACUGCCGAACUACAACCCUGUCGGGGUCUCAAAUGCGAAGUCUGGUGGCAAUCAUGCCAAACGAGCAGGCACUAUCUUUGGGAUGGAGCCGAUCUACAAUUCAGAGGAUAGGAAGGAGACGUCUGUAUGGAAGGAACUCAGUGUCGAUACACCUUCAUCGCCCCGUUCCAGAUCCGAAGCAUCAUCAGAAGCCGGGGCGAUAGAUGCUGAUGAAGAUGACAGAGAAGUGGUUGUCGAGGGAAAGGACACAAAGCCCAUCAAGUCCAAACCUGAGAAACAGCACAAACUGAAACGCCGCGCUGCAUUUGAUAUCGAAUCUCUGGAUGAGAUCCAUCAGCAAGAGCUCGCUGAAUCCGCAAAUCGGAGCCGCGAACGACUCGCUCUCGAGCUCCAGCGAGAGGAGAACAAACGCCGCAAGCUUGACAAUGACAAGGAGCGAAUGAAGAUGGAAAGAGAAGCGAGGCAGGCUCAGUUGCAGCGGGAUCAGAUGAUGAUGAACAUGAUGCAGCAGAUGAUGGGCUUCAAUCGCAGGAAUGGUGGAGUGGGAGCACAGAUGGGCCCGCCCCAAGGGCCAUAUGGAGGAGGGAACAUGGGGCAGCAGCCGCAGAACUAUGAUGCCGGAGAGAACACAGGUCAGCAGCAGAACCCCGGAUAUCAUACUGAUGGACUUCUGUCACCGUCCAGCCUCUCUGGAUUCAGUUACGGCGAUGCGGGUAACAGUCAGUUCUCAGGUUCAAGUUCUCCAAGCCAGUAUCGAUUUGAUUAG